CAUAUCAGGUUGCGGGGUUUAUGCAUCUUUAUGGCGGGGUAGAUUGAUAAUCCGGUGAGGCCUGCAAGCUGAGGUCAUGUGUCGCCUCAGGAUCAUGAUAUUCAGCUAGAGGGAUUUACGAGACGGUGCGUGUUUUUCAUCCUGUAGUAUAAUCAAAAUGGAGUUUUCUUCAGCAUUUACCUUCCGGCAACAGCCUCAACAAGAGAACUCCGAAUCCACUAGAGAAACGCCUAUUCGCGUUCCAUCUCCCGGCAUUCACUGCCCUAACUUUGCGGGAUUUAUAGCAGUAUCCUUCGCAAAAGGUCAUAACACGAUAGGCCUCCAGCCCGUGAUAUCGAAUGCUGCCCCCACAUUCCAAGAUGUAUCGCUUGGCGGUGGCUCUUUCGAUGUUCGAAAAGUCGAGGCGUCUUCGUUCCCGAUUGGUCUGGGUACGGAGAUCUUGAAAGGCCGGAAAUAUGUCGCUGUUAAACAUCCUCGGACACAAGAUGAUAAUUCUGUGUCAUUUGCCGACAUAGCCUUGGAACUGCAGAUCUUGCGGCAUCCUCCUGUUCAAAAACAUGAGAAUAUCGUCGACUUAUUGGCUGUCAUGUAUCAUGAUACCGGAAACAAGGAGGGAAUAAGGGUCGUUCCAGCUUUGGUCCUUGAAUAUGCUGAGUACGGAAAUCUCAAGUCAUAUCAAGAAGCAGGCUACGCACGUUCGCUCGAUGAGAAGCUAGACAUUGCUCUUGACGCUGCCAGGGGUCUUGAAGGCCUUCACGAAGCAGGUAUUGUCCAUGGCGAUGUGAAACCUUCCAAUCUUCUCGUCUUCAAGCAUCCGAUCCGAAAGACCGUUGUUAAAAUCAGCGACUUUGGCUUUGCGAUGCCAGUGCAGGGUGGCCAACUCAUCGGAAGCACUGAGGUCUAUCGUGCACCUGAGGCAGAGACGGCAGAGUUCAACAGCCGCUACCUUCGCCAGCAAGACAUUUACUCUUUCGGCUUGACGCUGUGGACGAUUCUCGGUGAUGGCGUUGCGUACCACAGCACUUUACCAGAGGGCGAUAAGCUCGAGAACGUUUGGAAACUUAAGAAGUCCAACUUGAUAGCGAGCCUUGCGACAUUCAAUGUCCUACAUCGUCUACGCAAUGAGAAUUACCCACUCAUGACUUUGGCGAAAGUCAUUCUCACAUGCUUGCAAUUCUCCCCAGAGAAGAGAUUUUCAAGCAUGUCCAAGAUUAUCGAUCACCUCGAAGUCACAAAAUCUAUCGUCAAAAGCCGGGAUGGGCAUGAUAGCCUAGAUGCUGCAGGUCUGAGAGCUGCGCUUCCUACCUUCGAGAGGAUCGUGUACCGAGCUAAAAUUCCGGCAUCGGACGAAGAGAGAUCAGAAAGAAUGAUUCUUAAAGGCCUCACUACUUUAGUCUUCGCAUACCUCAACCAAGAACUCAGCCUCCAGAAUACUGCAACAAAUAUUGAUCCUUGGCAAAUGUGCAACAUGAUGACUCAUUUCUUGCCAAAGGCGCAUGAGCGAUACUAUUCUUCAUUUAAUCAAGAUGAGUCGCCUUUUAUCACUGCACUUCAGGGCAUCUCGAAAGCCAGGCUUGAGAAGACGAUAUCGGAGCUCUUACCUACUAUAUCGCAACUCUUACCCAGGGAAGCUAAUUCAGACGAUAUUAGUGAAGCCCAGCCUGUUUCUGCUGUGAAUGCCUGUCUACUCAUCUUGGACUGCGCUGGCCUUUUGAGCGAGCCAUUUAAUACCGUCUUGUUCUCCGUGGUCACCUCCAAGUCGAAAGUGGAACCAAUGCAGCUUUUCAAAGACGAAGACUUCAUCCCGGAUAUUACUAAAAGCUCAAACAUCCUACAAAAGACUCCAAAGCCUGCCAGGGUUGCCCUUUUCGAUAGUCUAAAAACCAUCUUUGAGACAUCCACCAAUGAGAACGAAAGAGCGCAAGCCGCCCUUAACCUUGCUAGUGCAUACAUGGACGACAUAGGAGUUGAGUACGACCUGAAGUUGGCGGCCUACUAUAUCCAGCAAGCAGCCGAACUUGGUUCGGAAAAAGCCCGUACUCUCUACUUAUCCGUAUUCUCUCACGUCCCUGGGCUGGAGACGCCAGAUUACGAAACGCUGUGCACUUGGGUCGUCGACUCAGCCCAUGCUGGAAAUCCAGUUGCUCUUCAGAAGUUGAAAGAAACCUGGCCCUCAGAUUGGCAGCAAGUUAAUCAGAAGGUUCAGCUAGAUGAACUUACUCGUCUAGGCGUUAACAUUAGCGCAUCUGAGGACUUGUCUUCCAUGUUACAGGCCUUGUCUCUGAGUGACGUCGAGUUUUCUCACACUCGAGAUCUGCUCUUAUGGAGUAUUGUCAUGGACAAGCCCGAUGUCACAGCCACCUGCCUGAAUAAGGACCAGGGCUUAAUCGAGUUAGCGCUGCAGAAUGAUGAGACACCUUUACUUAUCGCUGCUCGUCUUGGUCGAAAGCACGUUCUGGAGACGAUAUUACAACACCCCAGCUGCGGCAGUGCUGCACAGGCUGUGGACGAAAGAGGUAUAACGCCUCUUCACUGGCUUUGCUCCUUUGAAGACGAAGACCAUGAGUCUAUUGCAAAACUACUGGUCAGUAAAGGCGCCGAUCUGAAUGCUCCUGCCUGUACAAUAUCACGCACUCAGUAUGGAAUCAAAACCAACGAAGACGGGCUCAUGACUCAUACUCCCCUACACUGGACUAUCACACAGAAGAGACUCUCUGCUGUGGAUGCUCUGAUCAAAUUGGGUGCUGAUACAACAUUUUGUAUGGAAGCCGGGGAAAGGGAGGGAUCACAUCUGUCACCACUGGAACUCGCAUGUGGUCUCUGCUACUCACCUGUCGUCGAGCGACUUCUUGAAGAACCUGUCGUUCAACAAGAAGCAAGCAAACCAAAGCCAAUGGUCGGUGGCGGUGAACUGAUGUAUUUGCCUCUUUUCCACGCUAUAUCCGGAACCCCUCGUUGGCAACGCCUGUUAACUUUAGGAGUCGACUUUGAAUUGGAGACAAAGAAGACGAUGAAGGCCUUGAUUGAGAAUGGCGCACCUACUGAUGCUGUCUUACAACUCGGGAGCAACGUUAAGAUGGCAGCAGUGUUUGCAACAGCGUAUCAUCAAUGCGCGGCAGAUCUUAUGGUUUCAGGUCUUGACCUGGGCUUCGCGAAUCAGAUCAACGCUACUUUCGGCAGGAUAUCCAGUGGAGGGUCCGCUCUGUUUCUGGCGAUUACACAUGGUGAUCGCGAUAUGUUCAAGGCUCUCCUAGACGCUGGUGCAGAUGCCAAUGCAGUAGAUGCUGAUGGUCUUAAUGCGCUGCACCGUGCUGCAAAAGAGACAGACGACGUCUACUUCGUUGAGACGCUUCUCGAGAAGGGCCUUCCUGUUGAUCCAAUCAGCUCGGAGCCCUUCAGCGCUUUCUACGCUGCCACUUACAGUGGAAAUCUUACCGUUGCACAGUAUCUAUACGACCGCGGUGCGGACAGAGACCGCGUUCCUACGGCGAUGAAAAAGAGUAUAAUGUCAGACAUGCUCUCAACUGGGACCAGGAAUGCCCUCUAUCGGGUCAAGUUCUUGCUAAGCCUUCCAGACCGCAAUGGCUCUGAUGGGUUUAUGGUAAAGGUCGGGGAUGAUAAAUACUCCUUGUUCCAUCACACUAUCAAGUAUGUCGGGGAGUUCGCCGAAGACAACGAGGCCACUGGAGUUAUGAUUGUCGAGCUCCUUCGGAAAUACAACACUCAAGACCAGCUUGAUAACACAGCGGGACCAUAUAAUAUGACAGCUCUAGCAGUUGCAGCCGAAGCUGGCAACUAUUUCGUCGUGAGACGGCUGUUGGAGUAUGGCGCAAGUCCGAAUAUUCCUGAUCAAUAUGGCCGAACAGCGUUGGACCUGGUGUAUAAAAGAUACUGUUUCCCAGAACAGCUUCCAGCUUUCCAGGAAGCAGAUUUGGAUGAUGAGAAGAUUGUGAAUAAGAUUUUGAACGCUGCGAAUGAGAACACGACUGAGUUGAUGAGUCUUCUCAAGGCGCACAACGCUGAGAUAAGGAGUUGGAGUGCGCCGUCGUGGAUUGAGACUGAUAAUGGAUUGCGUAGCUUGGAUUGGGUUUUGGAGCGCCUUCGCAAGGAUCAGACUAGUAAUAGUGGGUAGAGUCGGGAGGUCUAUGUGGCUCAGUUAUCACGGCAUGAAAUUAUCAACGACAGAGAAAGUCUAUUUAA